UAGCAAUUGAGUCUUGGAACUCUUGUUGGAAUGCUCCCCAGGGAGUGGAAAGUUGCAUACAUUGUAUGCGGGCAUGCAAGGAUCUGAUGACCGGGUGUGUGCUUCAAACCAGUUUGACUGUGGAGAAAGAUGUAUCCCUGUGAAUGACGUUUGCAAUGAAGUAGUUGACUGUGCCAAUGGGGCGGAUGAAGCCAACUGCAUAUGCAAGAGUUCUGAAAUCCAAUGCAACAACGGGGAAUGUACUCCAUUCUGGACUCUUUGUGACGGCAAGGAUGACUGUACUGAUGGAUCAGAUGAACUUGAAGAUAAAUGCAGAGUAUGCGAUGGAAACUACUUCCAGUGCCAAGAUUUUUCCAAGUGCUUGGCUAUGUCUUCUGUCUGUGAUUCCGAACCUGACUGUAAUGAUGUCAGCGAUGAGCUUGUGGGUUGUACAGGGUCUCUCAAUAACACCAUACCACCUUUUGUAGUUCCGACCGAUUCACCGAGUCCACCAGGACAAACGCUGCCACCCUCCUUUAUUCCAUUUGAGGGUUGUGGAUUACGGCCAGCUCUUGAGAUCCAUCGGGUCACCCAUGGUGAGGAUGUGACUGGGCUUGGGGAAUGGCCUUGGCAGAUUGCACUCUACACGCCAAACGGUCGGUUCUGUGGAGGAAGCAUUAUCACUCCAGAGUGGAUCCUCACUGCGGCUCACUGCGUGGAAUUUAAUGCAACUGAUGAUAACCCAUAUACUAUCAAGGCUGGAAGCUUGCUUUACUCUACAAAUGAUCAAAGUGGACAGUCUCGAGAUGUGCAGCAGGUCAUCAAGCAUCGUCUAUAUGGCCCGGGACUGAUUAAUGAUAUCGCUCUCCUCAAGCUCGUCACCCCUCUCAACUUUACUAAUGAGGUGCAGCCUGUAUGUCUUCCUUCAGCAGAUGAAUCUGUACCAAAGCCUGAAGAAUACGUCACAUUCACAGGAUGGGGCAGCUUCACUGAAAGAAACGCUCGUCAACCUGACCUCCUUCAAGAGGGCCGGAUGCCAGUCAUACCAAACUACUUCUGUCAUCGACUCGCACCUUUGGAUGUGACUUUUGAACCAACCAUGUUCUGCACCAUGUAUCAUACUGGCUAUCAGGGAGUCUGCACUGGUGACAGUGGUGGUCCUAUCGUACAGGAGAUCAAUGGCCGUUGGACACUGGUUGGGAUCUCUAGCUGGGUUCGUGAAUGUGGUGCAUCAUACGUCCCUAAUGGAUUCACCCGUGUGUCAAGCUUCAUCGACUGGAUUCGAGAUAACAUGGUACAAAACUGAAAUUCUUCUUAAUGGUAAUCACUCCAACAACCAUACUGUAGCUUUCAUAUAGAUAGUAAGAUAAUAACUCGAGCUUUCAACUUGUUUUUAUUAUUUUCAUACUUACAUUAUUCAUAUUAGCAAUGUUACAUUAAUAGGAUGACAAAGUGAAUCAUUAUCAAAUGAUUGUGCCCACAUUUGACUAGGAAUUUCUUUUGUCCGAUUCAAAAUUUUACGCAUGAGCAGGGAUGAGGGGUUAUUAGAAUAUGAUGAGGAGUCUUGCUUAAUUACGAGAUGAAGAUAGUUCACCAAAUAUCUAACAAUGGUCCACAUCACAUUCUUAUAAAACAUAUAAUGUAUUGGUAUGAUUGUCCUCACUCAUGUUACAUUUGAAACAUGCACUAGCUUGGCUUUGUAUAUUUUGGGGGCGUGUUAUAUAAAAACUGUUGCUAAAGUACCUGUAUGGUGUACUUGUAUUGUUACUGUAACGCUCUUACAAAUAAUGAUAAUAAUAAUAAUAAUAAGAAGAAGAAGAAUGAUAAUAAUAAUAAAUUGGUCUUUUAUCAUGCCAAAUUCACCCUGUAGAGUGCUCAAAGCGCAUUUCAAGAAAUGUUAAAAGGAAAUUUAGAAUGAUUGGACAGAUAUGUUUGUAGGUAUUUUUUUUAAGUGUCAAAGGUUGUAUUUUAUUUUGUAUCUUUUAUCAUGUGUAUCUUUGGGAUAAAAGUCAUCAUUGCAUUGAUCAUUGUUAAUUUUCCUUACUAGUAGAAUCUUUGUCUUGUAAAUAACUUUUAUAAGACUUUGUUGUGACAGCUAGGUGCAUGAAAAAAAAGAAAGACAAAAACCUGUACAGAGCCUAUCUUACUAGGAAGAACAAAAGGUGUCACACAAUCAUGAACUUAUAUGUAAAAAUAGUGUCUGUGUUCAUACUUGCCCAUAUUCUGAAGUCGGGUUUAACUUAAACUCGGGUUUAAAGUUGUGGUUUAAGUAUGGAUUGCCAAUUGUUACAUAAAUCACCAACAGUAGAGAUAUCAUAUUUUAGCUUAUUUGGCUCUCAAAUCAUUCAUAAUUGUCUAGGAAGUAUAAAUAGAUGAUUGUCUUCACCAUCGAUGAAUCAGGAAAGAGCACAGUAAACAUAAGAAACGUACAACUUGAUAAAAAUUUCGACACUUUUGGCUUCCCAUAAUUUUAGCAGAGUUAGACCAUGGCCUAAGUUAAACCUGACUUCAGAAUAUGGGCCACUGUGUGAGAGUAUGUCACACUGUCUCACACUUCCCUUUCCAUAAGGGAAUUUUCUGGAUUAUUCCUUAUUACCUUUGUAUUGAACCAAAUUGCAAUUUAAAGCGGAACGGGGGGGGGGGGGGGCUAUUCUGCAAUUUAUGCAUGCUAUGAUGCUAUGUGGGAUAUUUCAGGGGCCAAAAACUCUUAUUCAGUCAGUCAUCCAGGUUUGAAAUCUAGUUUAGUUCCUGACUGCGGGGGUGGCGGGAUCAAGCCUCCCCUUUUUUUUCUCCUCUCUGUGGUGGUGCAGAGUAACACCCUCUUGUUCUUAAUUGCUAUGGUAGCAUGGCCAAUUCUUAAUACUACCAAUUAUUCUUUCUCCCCCUCUGUUUCCAUCUUAUGUUUAGUGAACGUAUUCAAGCAUUUGCUAAUCUUAUGUGAAUCAUGUCACAGUCUCAUGUUACCCAUCAUAAUAUAAAUUGCAGUCUGAUAUUUUGUAGUAAAAAGGAAGAUUUAUCAUUACAUUUUAUUAUCUUUGUGGUGUAUGUUAUUCACAUUUUAUGUUUAAUGCUUUCUUAGAACACUUCACUCUAUAGGUCUACAUCAGUAUGAUACUGAUUUUUGCUAUUAAUGUAAAUAUAAUUCUCCUGAAGAGUGUCAAAACCAGAUGUUUUUGUUAUAAUUCAAUUUCUAUUAGUGAAUAUUAAACAAGUUAUAUUUUUAUCAAAGAGUGUUAUACUGAUUUUUAUAAUGAAUUUCAUUCUCAUCAAAGAUAACCAUACUCGGUUUAAUACAUCAAUAUGUUUUGUAGUUGAAUUUGAUUUCAUUAAACUAGCUGUUAUAGGAUUAGAGUAUUAAAUAAGAAGACAAAAAUUUGGAGUGAAUAUGAAAAAAAAUGGAUGAAUGAUUUGUAAUCUUUGAUUUUUUUACAUUUUAAAAAGGAAUCAUUAAAUUGGAUUGUAUUUUGGGGGUAUGAUAUUCACAUUUUAUAUUGAAUUCUUUUUUAGACCGCUUCAUCAUUAUGAUGAUACUGAUUUUUGCUAUACAUGUAUAUAUAUAUAUCAUUCUCAUGAAGAGUGUCAAACACGAGAUGUUUUUGUUAUAAUUCAUUUUCUGUUAGUGAAUAAGCAAUAUAAAACAAAUUAUAUUUUUAUUCGAAGAGUGUUUUACUGAUUUUCAUAAUGAAUUUCAUUCUCAUCAAAGAUAACCAUAUGUCUGUUUAAUACAUCAAUAUGUUUUGUAGUUGAAUUUGCUUUCAUUAAACUUGCUGUUAUAGGAUUAG